CAUAUCUAUUCAAAUAGGUUAGUAUAUAGACGGACAUAAACACGUAAAGUUUUUAGAAAUUCAACCAUAUUUUUUUCUGUUUAGAUGACUUUGGAGUAAUCGAAUUGAUUUUUUUAUUUGAAUUUAGUAAUUUUUUCUCAAAGUUUUAAUAUAUAUAAAUCUGCAUGAUCGGAACGGUGAAAGAGGAAUUAUUGUUGUUCCGACUCAGAGUAGAAAUCUGAAAAAGGAAAAACAUGUCUGCUGCUGCUAUAUUGUGCGGGAAGAGAUCGAACUAUUUUUUUGACGAUUUUCAGUGUUCGCCGUCGUCGUCUUCGCCGCCGGUUCCGAAGAGAAUUCGCUGUUUUUCUUCGUCUUUUUCUCCGGGGAGGUCGAAUUUUGAUUCCGAUCAUUCAUUUUCUGCCGUUAAUAUUUUCUCCGGUUCUUCGAUUUCGUCGUUGUCGGCACUCGAUCAUCUUCUCAUGAUCUUUCCUGAUAUGGACAAACAGUUGGUUGAGAGAGCACUUGAAGAAUGCGGUGAUGAUCUAGAUUCUGCUAUCAAAAGCCUAAAUGAGCUUCGCUUGGGAUCUGGUGAGAAUCCGAGGUCUGUGGCGGGAAGCUCCAGUGCUACGCAGGAUUCCAGCAGCCAGUUUUUUACUCAAGGUACAGCUACAACUAAUGGCGAGACCACACCUGCAGAGGAUUUAUCUUCUGCAAAAGUAGUGCAUAUGGACAGUACAGAAUGGGUGGAGCUCUUUGUCAGGGAGAUGAUGAGUGCGUCGAAUAUAGAUGAUGCUAAAGCCCGUGCCUCACGAGCUCUUGAGGUGUUGGAGAAGUCCAUAUGUGCCUGUGCAACAGAGGCAACAGCUUGCAAUUUCCAGCAGGAGAACAUAAUGCUGAAGCAACAGCUUGAAGCUCUUAUACAAGAGAAUGCUAUUUUAAAGCGAGCAGUUGCCAUCCAGCAUGAACGUCAGAAGGAGUUCGAGGAUAGAGGGCACGAGUUGAAUCAGCUGAAGCAGUCGGUGGCUCAGUACCAGGAGCAGCUUAGAACCCUUGAGGUUAAUAAUUAUGCUCUCUCGAUGCACCUUAAGCAGGCUCAACAAAGCAACUCUAUUCCCGGGCGUUUCAACCCUGAUGUCUUUUAUGUGUUGUGUGCAGGUAAAUAUUGGUACCAAGUGCUGAACAAGUGUACAUAUUAGAUCAAUACUUGAAUGGAGACCCAGGUCAGUUGUCAAAUCUUCUGAUCCUUCUCCUACAUAUUCAUGGGUACCCCCAACUCCAGGGACCACAAAAAAAAAAAAAAA